AUAAUUGGGAUAAUUAUGGAUUGUAAAAUAAGAAAAUAUUGUAAUCGUAAUCUUAAAGAAGUCUAUUGAUGCCAGUAUUUAAGGAAAAUGUGAAUUCCUUAUACAGCUUUUAUAAAUAAUCUAAUAAAAACUAUAAAAACAGUUUGAAAGCAAUUUAUAGAAAUGUCAAAUAAUUCAAUGACAUGUCGUUUGUGUGGUAUUAAAGAGGAACUCAUAAAUUUAAAGUAUAUCUUUGAUGAAGCGACUAAUUUAGCACAGAAAAUAAAUGACACAUUACCAAUCAAGAUUUCACAGGAUGAUUAUUCUAAAUAUAUAUGUUUGGACUGCUACGAAAAAGUUACCACUCACUAUGAUUUUAUCCAAAAGAUUGUGGAAAACUCAAAAGAAAAUAUUAAUAUGGCAAAGAGUAAUUCCUUAUUUGAGGUCAAUAAAACCGAAAAAAUGGAAAUUGCAACAGUCUCUAAACUGUAUAAUGAUAUGAUAUAUACAUGCCCAAAUUGCAAUAUAGGUUUAAUGAUCCUAAUAAACAGCAAUCCUGAUGAUUGUAAUUAUGCAUUUCAAAUUUCAUUGGCCAUAGUAGAUCAAAUGGAGAAAUCAAUGGAAAGAGAUAUACAAACCUACGAAGAUACAACAGAACUUGUUAAUACUUGUAUAAAAAGAUCAAAUACUGAAGAUGAGUUGCAUGAAUCAUCAUUAAAUCAUAGUAUUGUUACUGAUAUGUUGAAUGACAAAGAACAAAAUAUCAACAAAAUGGAUGAAAACUUACCAAUACUACAAGAGGACAUAAAUCAUGUUGACACUUGUAUUACAUCUCAAAAAAGUAAUGUAUCACCUCAAUUGAGCAAAGGUACAAAAAGAAAACUUAAAGAAAAUAUUUCUUGUCAAACAUCUACUAAAUCACAAAAAUUAGAAACGCAAUUAAAUACAACAGAUACUGAUGUAUUGAACAAUGAUUAUGCAUGUGUAGAUAUCUUGAUUAAAAACGAGACUUUAAAUGAUGAAAUAGAGGAACGCGUGGAGUGGCUUAGUAAUGAAAUUUUCUUCAAAGAAGAAAAUAGUAUAAUGUAUAUAACAGAAACUGAAAAUGACCAUAUUGGAAAUGGUACAAAAUACGACGAUAUCGAUAAUAAGAGCUGUCCAAAAAUUGUAUGUGACUUAUGCGGAGCUCGUUAUCUUUCACAGUUAAAAUAUGAAUUUCACAUGGAGAGGCAUAAAUCAGAUAAAAUGGAUAGAUAUGUCUGUACAGUAUGUGACAAAGAAGCUAGCAACGAAAACUUAUUAUGGGAUCACUAUUUCCACACACAUAAAAGCUCAAUACGAUAUGCUUGCACACAAUGUGGCAAAUUGUUUACGAAGAAACCAAGAUUAAAUGGCCACCAAAAGAGACAUAAACACUUUGGUACUAAAGAGAUACAUUUUGAAAUGGGCACGGAUGAAAUAACCGUCAAUCAGGCACAGAAAGCUAUUGCGAUCGAAAUACAAGAACGAGUUGCUACAAAUUGUAGUCUCUGUGGAAAAUUAAUAACAGAUUUAGAUCCGGAUGCUAUUAACGAUUUGGCGACAUGCGCGGCCUGCGAGGACUCCACUUUAUCUCUAAUGGUCGAUGGAAAUGAAAUGAAAGUGAUCUCACCGCGGCAAUAUCAUUGCUCGAAAUGCCCAAAACAUUUUGUGCGCAAAGAGAGACUGGAAUUCCAUGAGAUGAGGCAUAAUGAAAAUAUGAACGAAUUUAUCUGCAGCACAUGUGGCAAGGAAUUCAGUGCAGAGAAUUCCUUAUAUGAGCAUUAUCUCUUUGUACAUAAAGGAGCUAGACCGCAUAUCUGUGAGCAGUGCGGCAAAUCAUUUCAGCUGAAAGCACGAUUGAAAGAACAUCAUCGCACACAUACUGGCGAGAGACCUUACCAAUGUGACAUAUGUGGCUUGCGCUGCAUGACCACCAAUGCACUUAAACUUCACAGGAAAACUCAUUUCUCCCACAAUCGUUAUAUUUGCAAUAUAUGUGAUAAAUCCUUUAGCAAAAAGCAGAACAUGAAUGAGCAUUUAGAAAAACACUGGAAAAAUGAUAAGAAUGUAUCGCUACCGCAAUUAUUUACAUGUUCGAUAUGUAGUAAAGAUCUGCCAACCUAUCGUAUGUUGAAGUAUCAUAUGAUGGAAACUCAUCAAAUUGACCGCCAAGAUCCCUUAUUAACAACACAAAAACCAUGGUAUGAAUGCAACGAAUGUCACGAAAAGUUCAAACAUCAAAUGUCACUCAAGGUGCACAAAGAAAAGGUACACGAGGGCAAGGUGAGCCCGGUAUUCCAAUGCGAUACGUGUAACGCUACUUACAGAAUCAAGCAGCUGCUAAUAAAUCAUAUUAAGAGUAAGCACGGUGGCGAGAAGCGAUACAAAUGUGCACAAUGUGGCAAAGGAUUCAAUGAUACUAAAUCCUUAUACAAUCAUAUUUUACUACACACUGGUAGGAAACCAUUUACUUGUGAAUACUGUAACAUGAGCUUCAGGCGGAAAGACUCCAGGGAUCACCAUCGUCGUAAGCAUACAGGCGAACAGCCUUACCAAUGCCCGGAUUGUGGCCAAUCGUUUUCUACCUACAACAAUCGGUCGAAACAUCGCAAGAAGGAACAUGGAGAAGGUGAAAUUGAAUGUCCAGAGUGUGGAGAAAAAUGUAACAGUCAACAGGAAAUUAGAAUUCAUCUAAAUAAGCAUCUCGGUGAAAAAUUGAAUAAAUUACAAUGUGUAUAACAUUACAAAUAAUAUUAAUUAUGCAGGUAAUGUUGAUUUAAUAUACGAAGGUAAUAAAUAAGAUAAUAAGAUCUAAAAUAUAUGUAUUCAUGUAUAACUGUAAUUAUAAUAUAUCAUUGCGCGUAUUUACUCAUACUUGACUCGAAAGUGAUAUGUUAACGAAGGCUACAAUUCAACACAUAAUGUCUUAGUUCCUGGAUUUUCAUAUUGAUUUUCUCGCUAUUGAAAUUGACACUUGGUACAUUGAUGGAAUAAAUACCUGAACAUACGAGAUCUGUAAAUAAAGUAAUGAGACUUUUUCGAGAUGAACUUUUAUUUAUAAUUUAACUAUAAUUUAACUCUGUCUCCUUCAAAAUAGUUCCCUUGAAGCCUCCCUGGGAAGCCACGCAAACGCCUGAGACGUUGUUUCCAGUCUUCAUAACAUUGCUGAAACUCCAAAAACUGCCAAAAACUCCGUAAUCUAAAGCACAGAAAAACAUUUCUGUCGUCUCCCAGCCGCCGUAUUCUCCUGAACUGAAAACUCAUCUCAAAGGACAUCACUUUGAUACGACCGAAAACGUAAAAGCGGCUGUAACCGACCAGCUGAAGGUCAUUCGAGUUUUUGAGUUCCAGCACUGCUAUAAAGACUGCAAACAAUGUCUCAGACGCUGCGUGACUUUCCAAGGGAACUAUUUUGAAGGAAACAUAGUUAAAUUAUAGUUAAAUUAUAAAUAAAAGUUCAUCUCGAAAAAGUCUCAUUAUUUUAUUUACAGACCUCGUAUAUAGACAAUGUAUGGAAAAAUAAUAUAUACGAUACA